AUGGGAACCUCGUCUGCGAGGAGCCGGGAGCCUCGCCUGCCGCCGCCCUCCCCUGGCUCCUGCUCCGGAGGAGCCCUCCUGGCGGUUCUGGUGCUGCUCGUGCUGCCGGCGGCCUGGGGUCAAUGCCAAGUCCCAGUGCACCUUCCAUUCGCCAUGCCUACAGAACCGAUUGACAAAGAUGAUUUUCCUGUUGGGACAACUUUGAAGUAUAAAUGCCGCCUUGGUUACUAUGGAAGAGGGUUCUCUAUCACCUGCCUACGAAACUCUGUUUGGUCAAAGCCUGGAAGCAACUGUAUACGUAAAUCAUGCGGAUCUCUUCCAGAGCUCAUAAAUGGCAAUAUGGAAAUCAACAAAGACAUUCAGUUCGGAUCAACUGUUAAUUAUUUUUGUAAUAAAGGAUACCGGCUCAUCGGUCCCUCCUCUGUUGCAUGCGUCAUCUCUGGCAACUCUGUCGCCUGGGAUAAUGGCCCACCUAUUUGUGAGAGUAUCCCUUGUGGGCCACCUCCAGCCAUCGCCAAUGGAUAUUUCACCAGCCCCGACAGAGACUAUUUUCAGUAUGGAACAGUGGUGACCUAUCGCUGCAAUCUUGGAGAGAGAAGGCAAAAGCUGUUUGACCUUGUGGGUGAGCAGGCAAUAUACUGCACCAGCGAGGACAAUCAAGUCGGCAUUUGGAGUGGCCCUCCCCCGCAGUGCAUCAUACCUAAUAAAUGCACGCCUCCAGUCGUUGAAAAUGGAAUAAGGAUGUCUGAGAACAAAAGCUUGUUUUCUUUACAUGAAAAUGUGAGGUUUAGGUGUCAGCCUGGCUUUUCCAUGAAAGGACUCCCCACUGUUCACUGCCAGCCCCAAAACAAGUGGGGACCAGAGCUGCCCAGCUGCUCUAGGGCAUGUCAGCCACCUCCAGAAGUCCUGCAUGGUAACUACACCCCAAGCCACAAGAACAACUUUUCUCCUGGGCAGGAAGUGUUCUACAGCUGUGAGCCUGGCUAUGAUCUCAGAGGGGCUGCUUCUCUGCGCUGUACGCCCCAGGGAGACUGGAGCCCAUCAGCCCCCAGAUGUUCAGUGAAAUCAUGUGCUGACUUCCUGGACCAAUUACCUAAUGGACGUGUGCUCUUUCCACUUAAUUUUCAGCUUGGAGCAAAAGUAUCCUUCAUUUGUGAUGAGGGGUUCCAAUUAAAAGGCAGUUCUGCUAGUUACUGUGUCUUGGUUGGAAAGGAAAUCCUUUGGAACGGCAGCGUUCCUGUGUGUGAACAAAUUUUGUGUCCAAAUCCUCCUGAUAUCCUAAAUGGGAGACACACAGGAAAACCUCUGGAAGUCUUUCCUUUUGGAAAAGAAGUAACUUACAUGUGUGACCAGCACCCAGAGACAGGGGUGACCUUCAGCCUCACUGGGGAGAGCACCAUCCGCUGCACCAGUGACAGUCAGGGGAACGGAAUUUGGAGCAGCCCUGCCCCUCGCUGUGGACUUCCAGGUCACUGUAACGCCCCAGAUCACUUUCACUUUGCCAAGUUGAAAAUCCAAACCAAAGAAUCUGAGUUUCCCAUUGGGACAUCUUUAAAGUAUGAAUGCCUCCCUGAGUACUACAGGAGGUCAUUCUCUAUCAAGUGUCAGCAAGACCUCACGUGGUCCAGUGCCAAAGACGUCUGCAAACGUAAAUCGUGUGGAACUCCUUCAGACCCUGUGAAUGGCAUGGUGCACAUAGAUACAGACACCCAGUUUGGAUCCAGAAUCACUUUUGCUUGUAACAGAGGGUAUCGACUCAUUGGUCACUCAGCUGCUGAAUGUAUUUUCUCAGGGAAUACUGUCUUUUGGAAUCCAGAGCCACCAAUUUGUGAACGUAUCCCUUGUGGGCCACCUCCAGCCAUCGCCAAUGGAUAUUUCACCAGCCCCGACAGAGACUAUUUUCAGUAUGGAACAGUGGUGACCUAUCGCUGCAAUCUUGGAGAGAGAAGGCAAAAGCUGUUUGACCUUGUGGGUGAGCAGGCAAUAUACUGCACCAGCGAGGACAAUCAAGUCGGCAUUUGGAGUGGCCCUCCCCCGCAGUGCAUCAUACCUAAUAAAUGCACGCCUCCAGUCGUUGAAAAUGGAAUAAGGAUGUCUGAGAACAAAAGCUUGUUUUCUUUACAUGAAAUUGUGAGGUUUAGGUGUCAGCCUGGCUUUUCCAUGAAAGGACGCUCCACUGUUCACUGCCAGCCCCAAAACAAGUGGGGGCCCGAGCUGCCCAGCUGCUCUAGGGUAUGUCAGCUACCUCCAGAAAUCCUACAUGGGAAACACACCCCAAGCCACAGGAACAACUUUUCUCCUGGGCAGGAAGUGUUCUACAGCUGUGAUCCUGACUAUGAUCUCAGAGGGGCUGCUUCUCUGUACUGUACGCCCCAGGGAGACUGGAGCCCAGAAGCUCCCACAUGUGCAUUGAAAUCAUGUGCUGACUUCCUGGACCAACUUCCUAAUGGACGUGUGCUCUUUCCACUUAAUUUCCAGCUUGGGGCAAAAGUAUCCUUCAUUUGUGAUGAGGGGUUCCAGUUAAAGGGAAGCUCAGCUAGUUACUGUAUCUUGGUUGGAACGAAAAGCCUUUGGAAUAACAGUGUUCCUGUGUGUGAACAGACCUUUUGUCCAAAUCCUCUGUCUAUCCGUAAUGGGGACCACGCAGGAACUUCUCUGGGAGACACUUCCUGUGGAAAAGAAAUGUCUUGCACAUGUGACCUGCACCCAGAGAGAGGGAUUAAUUUCAAUCUCAUUAGGGAAAGCACCAUCCACUGCACAAGUGACAAUCAAGGGAAUGGAGUUUGGAGCAUCCCUGACCCUCAUUGUGAAUUUUCUGGUUCUUUUGGUCAAUGCCCACUCCUAUAUACCCUAAAUGGUUUCAGGACAUCUGGACCAGACCUUUUAUAUUUCUGUAAUGAGAUAUGGUGUUUACUUGUUAUCGUAAAGCCCCAGUUUCCAUUUACCAAGCCUACAAUCCUGACUGAUGAGUCUGAAUUUCCAGUUGGGACAUCUCUGAAUUAUGAAUGCUUCCUUGGGCAUUUUGAGAAUAUAUUCUCUAUCACCUGCUUAGAAAACUUGGUCUGGUCAAUUGCCAAUAUAUUUAUAGGCAUGAGGAAAUCAUGUGGAAAACCUCCAGAACCCUUCAAUGGCAUGGUGCAUAUAAACACAGAUACCCAGUUUGGAUCAACAGUUAAUUAUUAUUGUAAUGAAGGGUAUCAACUCAUUGGUUCCCCUUCUGCUACUUGUCUCCUCUCAGGCAUUGAUGUCACUUGGGAUAAGGAGGCACCUAUUUGUAAGAGUAUAUCUUGUGAGCCACCCCCAGCCAUACCCAAUGGAGACUUCUACAGCAGCAGUGGAAAUGUUUUUCAAUAUGCAACAGUGGUAACUUAUCAGUGUCACACUGGGCCAGAUGGAGAAAAGCUGUUUGACCUCGUGGGAGAACAGUCCAUCAACUGUACCAGCAAAGACAAUCAACUUGGUGUUUGGAGCAGCCUUCCUCCUCAGUGUAUCUCUGCUAUUAAAUGCACAACUCCAGAAGUUGAAAAUGGAAUUAGAGUUUCAGGAAAUAGGAGUUUAUUUGCCUUACAUGAGGCUGUGAGAUUUAGCUGUCAGCCUGGCUUUGUCAUGAGAGGGUCCAACACUGUGCAAUGCCGGGCCAACAACACAUGGGUGCCUGAGCUGCCAAGCUGCUCUAGGGUGUGUCAGCCCCCUCCAGAAAUCCUGCAUGGUAAGCUCACCCCAAGCCAUAAGGAUGACUUUUCCUCUGGGCAGCAAGUGUUCUACAGCUGUGAGCCCGGCUAUGAUCUUGAAGGGGCUGCGUCCCUGCGCUGUACACCCCAGGGAGACUGGAGCCCGGCAGCUCCCAGAUGUGCAGUGAAGUCAUGUGUUGAUUUCCUGGACCCGCUACCUAAUGGGCGUGUGCUCUUUCCACUUAAUUUCCAGCUUGGAGCAAAAGUAUCCUUCAUUUGUGAUGAGGGGUUCCGAGUAAAGGGCAGCUCUGCUAGUCAUUGUGUCUUGGUUGGAAAGAAAAGCCUUUGGAACAGCAGUGUUCCUGUGUGUGAACAGAUCUUUUGUCCAAAUCCUCCAGCUAUCCUUAAUGGGAAACACACAGGAACUUCUCUGAGAGACAUUCCUUAUGGAGAAGAAAUUAAUUACACAUGUGACUCCCACCCAGCCAGAGGGAUGACCUUCAGCCUCAUUGGGGAGAGCACCAUCCGCUGCACCAGUGACAGUCAGGGAAACGGGGUUUGGAGCAGCCCUGCCCCGCGCUGUGAACUUUCUGGUCCUCCUGCUUGUCCACAUCCACCCAAGAUCCACAAUGGCCACCACAUGGGAGGACAUGCCUCUCAGUAUCUUCCUGGGAUGACAGUCAACUACACUUGUGACCCAGGCUACAAGUUGAUGGGAAAAGCCUUCAUUUUCUGUACACACCAGGGAACCUGGAGCCCGUUUGAUCUCUCCUGCAAAGGUAUAUCUUGUGAGCCACCCCCAGCCAUACCCAAUGGAGACUUCUACAGCAGCAGUGGAAAUGUUUUUCAAUAUGCAACAGUGGUAACUUAUCAGUGUCACACUGGGCCAGAUGGAGAAAAGCUGUUUGACCUCGUGGGAGAACAGUCCAUCAACUGUACCAGCAAAGACAAUCAACUUGGUGUUUGGAGCAGCCUUCCUCCUCAGUGUAUCUCUGCUAUUAAAUGCACAACUCCAGAAGUUGAAAAUGGAAUUAGAGUUUCAGGAAAUAGGAGUUUAUUUGCCUUACAUGAGGCUGUGAGAUUUAGCUGUCAGCCUGGCUUUGUCAUGAGAGGGUCCAACACUGUGCAAUGCCGGGCCAACAACACAUGGGUGCCUGAGCUGCCAAGCUGCUCUAGGGUGUGUCAGCCCCCUCCAGAAAUCCUGCAUGGUAAGCUCACCCCAAGCCAUAAGGAUGACUUUUCCUCUGGGCAGCAAGUGUUCUACAGCUGUGAGCCCGGCUAUGAUCUCGAAGGGGCUGCGUCCCUGCGCUGUACACCCCAGGGAGACUGGAGCCCGGCAGCUCCCAGAUGUGCAGUGAAGUCAUGUGUUGAUUUCCUGGACCCGCUACCUAAUGGGCGUGUGCUCUUUCCACUUAAUUUCCAGCUUGGAGCAAAAGUAUCCUUCAUUUGUGAUGAGGGGUUCCGAGUAAAGGGCAGCUCUGCUAGUCAUUGUGUCUUGGUUGGAAAGAAAAGCCUUUGGAACAGCAGUGUUCCUGUGUGUGAACAGAUCUUUUGUCCAAAUCCUCCAGCUAUCCUUAAUGGGAAACACACAGGAACUUCUCUGAGAGACAUUCCUUAUGGAGAAGAAAUUAAUUACACAUGUGACUCCCACCCAGCCAGAGGGAUGACCUUCAGCCUCAUUGGGGAGAGCACCAUCCGCUGCACCAGUGACAGUCAGGGAAACGGGGUUUGGAGCAGCCCUGCCCCGCGCUGUGAACUUUCUGGUCCUCCUGCUUGUCCACAUCCACCCAAGAUCCACAAUGGCCACCACAUAGGAGGACAUGCCUCUCAGUAUCUUCCUGGGAUGACAGUCAACUACACUUGUGACCCAGGCUACAAGUUGAUGGGAAAAGCCUUCAUUUUCUGUACACACCAGAGAACUUGGAGCCCAUUUGAUCUCUCCUGCAAAGAAGUAAAAUGUAGCCUCCCACAGACUAUGAAUGGAAUCCAGAAGGAAUUGAAAAUGAGAAAAAUAUAUCACUAUGGAGAUAAUGUAACUUUGGAGUGUGAAGAUGGGUAUACUCUGGAAGGCAGUCCCUGGAGCCAAUGUCAGGAAGACAACCUAUGGGACCCUCCUCUGGCCAUAUGUACAUCUCGCACACAUGAUGCUCUCAUAAUUGGCAUGUUCUUUGGUAUGGCCCUCUUGAUUUUACCCAUCAUUGUUUCCUGUUGGAUAAUUCUAAAGCGCAAAAAAGGCAAUAAUACAAAUGAAAAAUCAAAAGAAGCAAUUAUCCACUUGCAUCCCCAAGAAGACAAUGGUGUUCAGCCUCACACUCUGCAAACAAAUCAGGAAAAUAGCAGCCGCAGCGGCUCUCUUGAGGUCUGCAGACGGAGGAGUCAGAGACAGUCAGGGUCCAAGUCGAAGGCGCAAAGCACCCAGCGCACCCGGAGAGUUAGACCCGCACCAGGGCCACGCCCCGCCUCUCCAGGCCUAAGGACCGCCCCCGGCUCGGAGUCCCGGUUUUGCAGCCCGCCCCUUGGCCCCGCCAGGCCCUCUCCUUCGCCGCGGAUGCGUUCUAGGCCACGCCCACCUGUGUGA